GUGACACUGUCUGGGAAUUCCCCCAGUGAGAAAUCAGUAUUGUCUCAUGACCAGUCGGUGAGCAACACAACAGAUGAUGAUGUGGCAAACAUUUCCUCCAUGAUCUCUCUCUGAAGCGGGCUAGAGGAGCGUUCUCUGCCGAAAUCUGAGUCCCUGGCCUCUUAUUUCAGCUACAUCGAGCGUCAUUUUCACAGUUUGCAACUAUUUUCUGUAUUUUUUUUUAUUGAAAACUAAAUUUAUAAAUGCAGCGCCAGUUGACCAUAGCGUUCUUCUAGUCCGAGUAACUUGGACCCAAUGAGGUCCUGAGACCUCAGUGAAGCCACUAUGGAUAAUAGUCCACGUAAACCAAAGUCAGAGAAAAAGUGGAUGAUCCAGUUCAGCGACUCUGGGUCAGAUGAUGAGAUGGAGGAGAGGGAAGAGGAAGAAGAUGAAGGAGACGGUGAGGAAAUCGAGAAGGAAAUGGGAGAAAGUACAGUGGUACAGAUUUAUGGUAUAGAUGUACACUCCAAGGCGACUUGGUCAGUCCUGAAAAGCUACAUCAGCCAGCACGCAGAAGGCUUGAAGGAAGAGGGGGAGGACACACUGCUGCCAACGCAACCAAUGACUCUUCACUUUGAGUCUCAGGCAGCUGCUCAAAAAGCCUGCUCUGUUUUAUCAAAUCUAAUGGGUCCCAGUAGCAAUGAGAUUAAGUUUGAGAUUCUCAACACGGAGGGAAUCCAGAAUGCCUACGAUGUGGGACAACAGCCUGCAGUCGAAGAAGCCACAGGUAAGACCAAGAAGCCUGGGCCAAGGGUACGGCACCGGAAGCCAAGGGAAAGAGAGCGAAAGAAACGAGUAUCUGGGGAUGGUCUUGAUCCAACAUCAUCAGCAACUCUUGAGGUGAUCAACGUUGGCAUUAAGAAGGAUGAAUUUCAGAAGCUUCUCACUCAGCUUAAAAUAACAUGUCAAAGCUUAUUUUGGAAGCAGCAACCUAAUGGAAGUAAAGUCUUUCUCCAGUUUAGGAGACAAGAGGACGCAGAUGCUACUCUAAAGAUCUUGAAUAACCUCUCUGUUGGUGCUGCUAACCAAAAACUGGUUGCAAAGAUUGUCAAACCAGAUUCAACAGGUGGCAAGGGCCUGGGACAGACUCCGGCAGGAGCAGCAUCUCUAUCAGAGCCAUUUCAAAAAGGGCCUGCCAGAGCCUCAGCCGACAGAUCUCAGAAAAACAACAGAUACGGGAACAGCAGUAACAGAAGUUCCAGGGGUGGACACACAAGAGUUGUUGGAAAGCAGCCUGAACAGCAUGGUCUGGAUGGCACUUGCUCUAGUCAUAGACAAACACGAGGCCCUGGACAGAUGCCGAGAGGUCCAAGUAAAAUUCCUUCUUUGAUCGAAUUACCUCUGCAGAAACCAGCAGGUCAACAAAGAGAAAGGAGCUCUGUCUGUGAUGAUGAUGAUGAUGAUGACAGGAUAAGUGCUGUAUCAACUGCGAGUAACGCCAGUGCUUCCCCAAAAGUCAAUAGCAUAGAAGUGACUAACAUUGAUCCAAGAGUAAUCAACAUUGGCUUUUGGCAUUUCUUAAAAGAUAAUAGGAUACCUGUCGAACAUCUCGAAUUUCAGACUACCAUGACACAGGAACGAUGUGCAGUCAUCUACUUCGCUACUACAGAAGACACUAGAAGGUCACAAGAGUUUUUACAUGGGCGUCGGAUUUUUCCAGGAGGUCCUCGAAUGCAAGCCAGCUUUAUCACAACAUCAAACUCAAAUGACCAUCGUAGGGUAGAUGAUGAUGCAAAUGACGGACAGGUCCGGGGUGCAACUGGAGGACCUCCUCAACACCCCUCUCCAGGAGGUUACAGAGGAAGGGGAGGGAGAGUUGGCAGAGGUGGCAGAGGUGGCAGAGGUGGCAGAGGUGGCAGAGGUAGAUCACAAAACAGGCACAGGAAAGACGAGGAUGAAUCAGACAAGUUUUCUGAAUGUAGUGAGACUGUGAGUGUCGCAUCGAGGAAGAGUUUUGCAAGCUCCAAUCGUGGAGGAAGACAAUAUGGCAAGUCCUCAUCACUGUACAUAACAAACAUCGGGAAAGAUUGCGACGAGGGGGAACUUUGUGGUUUCCUACAGUCUCUUGAUUUAGAAUGCGAAUGUUUGGAGUUCAGACAAUCCAAAACGACUGACACACAGUAUGCUGUCAUUCAGUUUCCAAAUUGUAAGAAGGCAGGUGAGGGUAAGAAGGUUCUGGGUAGUGAUGAAUGGGUACUAGGGGGAUCUCUAAUUAAGGUCAGUUUCUUCUGGAAAAAUGUCUCAAGAGGAGGAGGAGGUUCCUUGGCCACGCAGCUAAGUCAGCUAGAAGUUGAGGACGUCGACAGUCGGAGUAGUAUCCAUACAUGGCUAGACAAAACCAACAGAUUAGGUCAACAGGAUUUAGAAUCAAAGAACCAGGCUUCAGAACCACCAAACCAAAAAUUGCCAGUUGGCAAGAAAGCUGGUAACGGAAAUCCUUAUCAGUUAAAAGAUAAAAAACGAGAGCCAAAUCUGAAAGAAAUUGUGAUAACUGACCUUCCCAAAGACAUCUUCGAGAAAGAUGUUGUUGACAUUCUGACUAAAGAGAAGUGUCGGGGAUUCAUUGAUGUACGUCUUGUGAAAAAUAAGGAUGUCAGAGAUCGUACCAGUGAGUGCUUUGUGAAGUUCAGAGAGAGGGAACAAGCGAUGGAGGCGGUGCUAAAACUUUACGGUAGACCGAUACAUGAUCAUCGCUGUGAAGUCCGUCUUGCAGUCAAUCAUGACCAGAUGGAACCAGCGAUUGCCAGAAAAACCCUCAUCUCAUUUCAAGAGAAAGAAAUGCCUGACAAGGUUCAAACAAUCGAGAGUACCAUUGAAGGUAAAAUCGAGAAAAUUGUAGAAGAUGUACAAGAUCUUAGAGAGGUUUGGGAAGAAAAUCUGUCUUAUGCUGAUCAGGAACGUUGUGAGAGCUCUAUUGUAGCACUCGAGCACCAGUUGAAUGAGCAAGAGAGGUACUUGAGGGAGUUUAAAACUGCAUGCAUCAGUGUAGAAUCAGCAGUCGACUGUUUGAUGGAAAGAGUUGUGGCCCUAUCGGAGGUACAGAGGAUUCGCCAUCGCUUUGAGAGAGAAUGUCGCCGUGCCGAAUCACCACUGCCAGUGUAUGGCUACAGACAUGACAUUCAGGAAACUAUCCAGAAGAACAUGGCCGUAGUCUUACAAGGGGAGACUGGAUCUGGGAAAAGCACUCAGAUUCCCCAGUAUGUUGUGGACAUGGAACUUCAGAGUCGACAUGAUGGUGAGGAUGCUCUAACUGGGGUAGGGCAACAGUGGCGAGUGGUGUGCACGCAGCCACGCCGGGUUGCAGCCCUGACUCUUGCCAAGCGUGUCGCCGAGGAAUACGGCUGCCGAGUUGGGGAAGAAGUUGGUUACUUCGUGGGGAACAAGAAGCUUGUCAAGGACAACACGGUGGUGACCUUCAUGACCGAUCGCAAGCUUCUCAACAUCUGCAUGGCAGAUCCUGACCUGUCCGAAUACACCUGCGUUAUCGUAGACGAGGCGCACGAAAGGUCUGUUGAUACAGAUAUCCUCUUGGCUACCUUGAAGAAGCUCUUGACGAAGCGACGUGAUCUUCACCUCAUCAUCAUGUCGGCUACCAUUGACAUCAAACUGUUCACCGACUACCUGGGUGGGUGUGCCAAGCUGAGCAUUCCAGGUCGCACGUUCCCCGUAGACAAGCAUUGGUGUGGGGAUGACGUCGGCAUUGGUGAAGGCGAUUACCUGAAAAGGGCCAUACAGCAAGCUGCAAAGGUGCAUAAAAAUGAAGGUCCGGGGGAUAUCCUUGUGUUUCUGACCUCUGCUAACGAGAUUGAGACUGCGUGCAGAGAUCUUAAAUCAGCCCUCGGGCUUAAGACCGCCAACGAUGAUGAGAGUCCUGUACUUAUCCUUCCUCUGCAUGGAAGACUUCAGCCUGAGGAUCAGAUGAAGGUCUUUGCAGAAACAAGAGCAAAUCAGCGGAAGAUCAUCUUUGCUACAAAUGUCGCUGAGACGUCGGUCACCAUCAAGGGCAUUAAAUAUGUCAUCGACACAGGCGUUGUGAAGGAGUGUCAGUAUGACCCAAAGCGCAGCAUGAGCCUUCUGAAGGUGACUACAAUUACGAGAGCAUCAGCUGAGCAGCGGGCAGGGCGGGCAGGGCGGACCGCGCCCGGAGUCUGUUACCGGCUCUACACUAAAGAGGAACAUGGCGAGUUGGAGGAGACGAUGAAGCCGGAGAUCCUAAGGGUGCAUCUGGGGAUGGCAGCUUUGCAGCUCUUGGAGCUUGGUGUCGAGAACGUGGAAAACUUCGACUUCAUCCAAGCACCUGAUCGGGACGCCACAAGGCAAGCCAUGAUCACCUUGAGGCUCUUGGGUGCCGUUGAUGAGGAUGCCAAGCUGACUCCCCUGGGAAAGAAGAUGGCUACUCUCCCCCUCGAACCACGUCUGUCCAAGCUGGUUCUUGAAGGAGCAAAGAGGGGUUUAGCCACAGAAGCUGUUGCACUGGCUGCUUUGAUAUCUGCACCAGGGAGCAUCUUCUACAGAGGAGGCUCCGACAAAGACAAAGAGAAAGCAGACCGACUGAAACUUCAAUUCUGUCACGAAAGCGGUGAUAUCAUCACGAUGCUGAAUGCUUAUGUUCAAUGGAAUAACCAACCAGAGAAGAAGCAGAAGGAGUGGACUUUGGAGAACAGUAUGAAUUCAAAGACCUUGCGAGCUGUCAGGGAGACGGUGAAGGAAGUCGGUCAGGCACUCAAGAAGGAGCACAGUAUCGACUGCAACUACAGCAAGAUGGAAGCACCAGAUAAGGUGAAGAGUGAGGAUCUGCAGAAGGUCAUCAUGUCUGGUUACUUCCAGACAAUGAGUCUCUACAAUGGCCAUCAUCGGGCAGGAUAUACGGUCCUACCCCAGCAGAAAUCGGCCCAUGUCCAUCCAUCAUCUGCUCUCAAGGCCCUUGGUAGCCAUCCCACCUGGGUGGUGUAUGAGGAAUUCAAGCGCACCUCACGCGAUUUUCUCUUCAACGUUACUCAGGUCGAUAUUUCUUGGCUGGAGGAGGUGGCUCCAGUGUUCCAUAGAGAGAUCGAUCUGGAAGCUCUCCGGGAGAUGGCCAUGGUGGAGCUUCCUCCAAUUUCCCUCGGAACAGCUCUGAUGAGACAGCUCAUAGCGAAACGAAAUGAAAAGAUAAGAGCGCUUGAAGAGGAAAUCACAGACAAGCAGAACUCACCGUGCAUCAUUGAAAUCAACCGAAGCACAAAGCAGCUGCACAUGUUUGUCAAUAAACAGUGUUCCUCAUUUGCCGAAUCUAACGUCAAGGGCUUCCUUGAGGAUGAACGCAAGAGGAUCGAGCGUCAGCAGAUUGAGGUGCCAGUCGGUGACUCGGGGGUUGUCCGUCAAGUGGUCAUAGCGGGAGCAGAAACAAGGUUCAUCUUGAUGGCCAAAGACUACCGAACCCUAGAAAUUAGCAAUGUGCCUGCUGAUGCCACUGAAGAUGACGUGGAGAGAAUCAUCCGCUUCGCCGGUUGUUCCAGAGAGGAGAUCAUCGAUGUGUACAGAUUUCCGCCACAAACGUCGAUGGCAAAGGCCAGCAAGUGGGGCCGUGUGACCUUCAUAUCUCCAGAAGCUGCCGAAGAUGCUAAAAAGUGGCUUGAGGUGGCUGCUGCUGCUGAGGAGACAUCGAUGACGGUGAGAGCCAUGCAAGGUCGAGGUUUCCAAAGGCGUGACAUCCGACGAGUCAACACCAGAUUGGUCGUCACCUGGUUCACGUGGCCAUCCAAAGGUCAUGCAUUUGUCAACUGUGAUUCAACUGAUAAUGCUGUGCAGCUGAUGUGUGAAUUAGCUGGUCUGCGUUUGAAGGGGAUGAUGUUGAUACCCAAGCUUAAAAGGAAUGACACAAGGGCUGUGCUUAUAAAUGGUUUACAUCCAGAUGCAACACAAGAUGAUCUUGAGAAGGCCAUCGAAAGGAAGACGGACAUCCCUUUCACCAGAUGCUACAUCGUCCGACGGGAACCUGCAGGGUCUAUACCAACACCAGAUGAAGUGACACGAGACAUAUAUAGCAUGUUUGAUGGGGCAGUUGAACAGAAUGAAAUGAAUAUCGACAUACUCCCAGUCAAGUCUGAAAAAACUCAGAUGCACAAAGCGAUUGUUACUUUCUCAGGUGACAACGAAGGUCAAGUAGAUGCACGUUUGGCCGAACUCCAGAACAACCCGCGACGUAACCCACAAGGGCAACUCUACCACCUGAAGAUCACAGCAUCUUGCAUGCUCUUCUGCCGUCCCGAAGUUUACGGGUGUCUUGAAGAGGACAUCAAGCAACUGGUGGAGACUGCAAAGACAGAGAAGGAAGACCUGGUCAUCAGAGUCAAUCCGAGCAGGAAGACAAGUGACUGGGUAAUUUCCAUCUCGAGUGGGAGGGCUGAAGACGUGCAGACUUUGAGACGCUCACUUCUGGUGUAUGUGCAGGGAGAAACAGUGCCACUCUCCGACCUGUACCAUUCACAAAUAUCACAUCAGAAGAAAAGCAAAGUCUUGGAGAUGCUUCAAAAAGCUCUAAGGUUCCUGAUUGAUGAUUUGGAUGCCCAUGCUAUGAUCGACACCCGCAGACAAGCAUUUGUCUUCUUCGGAAAGGACCGAACCCGGGAGCGUCUUAAACGCCGUUUUGGAGACUACGUUGGGAUCAUCUGCAACAAUAUGCUGAGAGAAAUUCCUCUGACAGCGAGCGUGUCUCCUCACUGCACUAAAGGCAGGGCCAUCAGGGCUUUAGUGAAAGCCUACGGACCUUGGCUUAAGGGUCUCCAAGAGAAAAGCGAGUCGGCUGCCAUUACCAUGAAUACGAGACAAGGAGUGCUGUUGAUCGAGGGCAAUCCGACAGUCUUUGACAAAGUCCACGACUUGGUCUACGAUUGCCUCAAAGAGGCAGGUCUAGAAGAUGCCAUGAGCGUCGAAGAUAAGCAACCCGUCGAGGAUAUUGAAUGCGGUAUUUGCUACACGCCGGUGGAUGGUCACGAGGAGGUCUAUCGUCUUAGUGCCUGCUCUCACGGCUUUCAUCAGGGGUGCAUCAGGGAGCUGUUUAAUGUCCGACUGAAAGAUUCCAGCAAGGACUACCCUAUAGAGUGUCCUUCGGAUAGCUGUGGCCGCCCCAUGCUGUUGUGCGACAUACGCAUCCUCUGCCCGGAGGAAGACACGCGCCUCAAGUUGUACCAACUGGCGCUCGAAGCUCACGUUGCUCAGCAGAGUGACGGAAAGCUCAAGUUCUGCCCGACGGCCGAUUGCCGCAUGAUCUACAAGCACACGGAUGACGCGCAGACGUUUGUGUGCCCAGAGUGCCGUGCCCGACUGUGUUCGUCUUGCGGGGCGGAGCCUCACCGUGGACAGACGUGCGAGGAGUUUAAGAUAUCUGGCAAGAAUUUUGACGACAUCGAGGAAUGGAUGAGGACCGGCGUGGACGCCAAAAAGUGCCCGGUGCCAAACUGUGCUUGCGUCAUUGAGAAAAUCUCCGGGUGUCAUCACAUGACGUGCAAAAUGUGUGGCAAGCACAUCUGCUGGGUUUGCCUGCGUUUCUUCGACACCGGCAACCAAUGCUACGGGCAUCUUCAAGAAGUCCAUGGCAAUUUCGUGUAAUCCAUUCAAUCGCACAUUAUCAUCUCAACUUCCAAAGUUAUGAUAUUAUACAAAUAUUGAAUGCUUCGAGUGGUGUAGUAAACUAGCCUCCCAAGGUGAUCCAUGGACAUUGUGUUUUUGAGGCAAAGCUGAGGGAAAAAAGAAUGCUCCAUGGAUCACGGAGGGGGGCUAGUUUUUACUUCACCACGAGAUAAAGCAUUCAAUAUUUGCUUUACAUCACUUCACCCUCAGCUUCUGUGUGGUUUUUAAUAUUAUGAAUUAUUUAAAUCUGAACACAGUUAAAAUCAACUUCAAUUUCAAUACAAAAUUGGUGGGAAAUGUAUUUCUCUCUUCCAAACCACCCCUUCACAAAGUAUCUGAACCCAACUCUGCGGUGCGCUCUCUUGGGAACAAUAAGCUCUACGCGCAACGCUCAACGCGCACACCAGCGUGCAAUCGCACACACAUACCGUGCCAUGGGCAUAGUACUUUGGUUUAAAAACUAAAAGCUAUAGUACUUUGGUUGCACACUGAAAGAUAGCAAAAAUAGAAAGUACCAUGUGACCAACUCUCGGCCAAUCAAGACACAGAAUCUGUGGUCGAGGUGUUAUAAAAAUGAAUAGAUAUGUUAAUGAAAUUUGUGCAUGUGAUUUAUAAUUAAAAAAAUGUAUGCAUGUGACUUAUUGAAAAUAGAAAUUUAAAAAAAAUAUUUGAAAGAAUUUAUGAACAAGUGAUGAAGACAGCAAUGCAGAAACUGGGUAAUUUUGAUGUUACAUUGAUGUUUCAUUUUAUUCAGCACUACACUAGAAAAAUCCUUCUUUUAUCACCCUUUCGUCCACCGGGUUAACAAUGUAUAUUUAGUUACAUUCUCAGUAACGUGAGUUUCUUCACAACUGAAACAGUUGUUUGGAAAAUAAUAUCAAUAUAAUUAACCCCUGUUGAGAAACUGAAUUAAUUUACUACAAAAUAAAAAAAGUUUUGAAAUUUAAAGUUGUUCAGUUCGGCAUCGACUUGCAGUGGAUAGAAAGUGUGAGUGUAUAAACGCAUCAAAGUUUAAACAAUUUAAUACUGAAAUGAAUUAAACUGCUGCAAACUCGUGCAAACUUCCCACUGACUGGGUUAACCUGAAAUGUAUAAAAAAAAUUUAAAUGGCCUAUUUCACCUUACAUAGCAAGGCCUUCUUCAGGGCCUUCUUCAAAUAUCAGGUCAUUUUAAUUUUUACAUUUAACAUAGGAUUUUAAACACUUCCAUUUAUGAAAGAAAAUGUGAAAUAUAUAUUUUUUGAAAAACUUGAUUCUAAUAGUUUAAUAGUCUAGAAUAGCCAGUAAUCUUCAUUUGAUGAUGAGAUGUGGGGAGUGGAAUUAAAACGUUUGUAAAAAGUUCUAUUUUGAAAAACCUGAAUCUAUUGUUUUAAUAGUCUAGAAUAGCCAGCAAUCUUCUUUUUUGGGGGAGGAACGGAGAAUUAUCUUUAUUUGAUGAUGAGGCAUGGGUGGCUUGUGCGUAAAGCGCUCGCCUCUCACUAAGGUGACCACGGUUCGAAUCCCGGCCGCGGAUCACAUGUGAGUAGAGUUGUGCGUUGGUUCUCUCCUGUGCCACGAGGGUUUUUCUCCGGGCCCUCCGGUUUUCCUCCCUCCGGAAAAAUCAAACACUUCUGCGAGUAAGGAUGAUUAGCCUCCCAAAUUAUUAUUGUUGUUAUUAAACAUUUGUAAACAAUGCUAUUUGCAAAAUGUAAUUAAUGUUUUUUUCCUGCAAGGGUAAACAAUAAUUUCAAUAACACAGAAACGUCUGUCUGAUGACAUUAAAUAAACUGCAUGAAUCAGAACUAACUGUGUGAGUAGUUGUUUGUGAUUUCAGUUUGAGAAUUGCUCCUUCAAACAGUUGCUAAAAACAGACUUUUCUUUCUUAUAGUUGAAAGCCAGUUUUUACGUUUGCACAAGUAUGACCAUAGUGACGACUUUUCCCC